UCUCGAAAUAUCGCGGCAGGGUGUGUACGAUUUUUAUCCAAAAUGGCGGACGACUAUGAUGAGCCGAUCUCUGACCAAGAACGUGUCCGCGUUGCUUCCAACUUCAUCUUGCAUGCUCCUCCCGGGGAGUUCAAUGAAGUCUUCAAUGAUGUGCGUAUUCUUGUGAAUGAGGACAACCUGCUGAAAGACAAAGCUUCCGGUGCUUUUGCCCAAUACAACAAGGACCAGUUCACACCAUGUAAAGUGGAAGGAUCAGCGUUUCAGGCCCUGAUCACAGAGCUCAGCGACCAAGGUGAAAACCGCUUCCUUGAUCCCAGAACAAAGCAGUCUUUCAGAUAUGACCAUCUAAGGAAGGAGGGCUCUGACUUCCAGCCAGCUAAUGUGGAUCAGAAAGCUGAGAGCUGGCGGCCCAUCGAGGCGGCAAUCACGUCGUACGUAGAGAACCACUAUAAGUAUGGUGUGUCCAGCGUCUACAGCAGCAGCUCUGGAGGUGACAUCACCAUCACUGCCUGUAUAGAGAGCCAUCACUUCCAGCCCAGAAACUGGUGGAAUGGCCGGUGGCGGUCACAGUGGAGUGUCACAUUCCCCUCUUCAGGUGGCAGUGCACAGCUCUCGGGGAUACUUAAAGUGCAGGUUCAUUAUUACGAAGAUGGAAAUGUGCAGUUAGUCAGCUCCAAAGAAUGUAGUGAAAAGUUAAAUAUAUCAAAUGCAGAGCAAACAGCCAAGAAUUUUGUAAGCCUAGUUUCUGAUGCUGAAAACGAGUACCAGAGAGCAUUGUCUGAGAAUUACCAGACCAUGUCUGAUACAACCUUUAAGGCGUUACGUCGUCAGCUGCCCGUGACCAGGACCAAGAUCGACUGGAACAAGAUCAUAAUAUCUGGCUACAAGAUAGGUGGUGAGCUCAAGAAUGCGUGAGUGACUCUGUCCUCGUCGUCGCUGUACUCAUUGCCGUUCCUGCUGCCCAUGCUGUCGUCAUGGACAUUGCCGCAUCACCCUCGGACCUGCUCCCUUGGGGUCGACCUCGCCUCAUCAAUAUUAUGUUUCAUCGCUAAUACUUUUGUAAUCAAUCUAAUUUUGUAUGCUAAGUACGAUCCAUGUUCAGUUUUGUAUCUCUUAGCCAGUGUCGAGAUUUCCGUUUUGUUUUAGCAUUGCCAGUUAAGGGGACUUGUAUUGCAUUAUAUUUUUUCCCCAAAUGUUAAAAAAUAAGCUAUUUCCAUCCAGAUUUCACCCAGAUUAUUUUGGAACGAUUUAUGCAAUGUUCAGUUGAAUGCUUCUAAAGAAUUUGUCUUGUAAAAAUACAGAAUUGUCAUGAAUUUCUUUAAGUCUGUGGACUGUCUUAUAAUACUGAUAUGCUGAGUCUGCAGUUCAGCGGCCCCCGGAAGGCACAGAGAUAGCAUCGACUAAGUAGGCUGGCCGACAGGUCUAUGACAUGUUCGUGUUUGUACCGAUUUGCUGCACUGCGCAAUGAAAUUUGAUGGAAAUACUCUUAUAUAUCUUUCCCAAUCAUGCACAUGUAGAUACUUUGUAAUCACAGGUGAUCUAUCAGAGGUAUUUAUAAUUAAUGACUUCUCUACCUUGUGAUUCUGAUGAAAGGAUAAAUUUUUCAAUUUUCAUGCUUGUAAAAUGGUUUGUUUGUUUUUUCCUGCUCCUUUUUUAAUGAUGGUCUUAAACCUUGGUUCACUCAUUUUGAACUUGCUGUCUUCUUCCAGUUGAUUACUAAACAUUUGAAGAUUUCAUGUUUCAAUGUCAGACUUGUAAAGUAAUGUUUACUUGUGGAAUAUAUAGGAUAAUUUCUUUGCUAUAGAUAAGAUAUUUGAAAAUGACACUCCUAAAUUCUAAAUUGAUAAGUGAUAUAAGACUCAUGUUUGAUUUCUUUUAAUAGCCCAAAUUCAUCCAUAGAGAAAAUAAACCAUCGACUUCUAAUAGUCAAAGUCCAUGACAGUUAGUUGUCCUUUCUCAGUUAAGUUCUUGGGCAGAAGUUCAAAAUAAGUCAACUUAUGUUAUCUGCCACACCCCCUGGUGUUUUCACGUAACCAUGGUAACUGUACAGACUUCCUUGUGUUGAUUUUGUUGUAUCCCUCCUUUGUUUUUGUUUAUCAUCGAUCAAAGUAUGAUAUAAAUUGUAAAUUAUUUUGUCUCAAGUUCUCUGUGAAAGGACUAUGGGUUAAAUGGGAUAAAGACUAAACUCAUGUAACUAGCCCAAUAUUAAGAUUGGGGAUGCAUUUUUUUAAAUGAUUAAAAAAAUAAUUAUAACGACA